AUGACAGGUUCUCAGCUUCCAAAACCGGAAGCUGAGCAACCUGAAACGGACAAAGAAAUCCACUCGAUUACUGACACAGGGAAGGAGGAUGCUACUGCAUCGACAGCAAAUGAUGUACAAGUAUCUGUACCAACCACCGAUUGUCUGACGGUGCUGAUGGCACAAUUAGACAUGAGAGACAAGCAACGGGAGCAGGCAUUAAUUAACCAUGUUAAGGACAUUUUAGCGGAAGAACAUCUUGAACGCGAACGCAGAGAACAGGAGCGUGAUCCUCAGCUCCUGGCCAAAAUGAAUGAAAUGUUUGAACAACGUGACAAGGCGCUAGUGUCAUAUUUGACACAGGAGAUCGAUGCAGUAAGACAGCAAGUGGCUGAGUUAAUAGACCAGAUCGAAGACAUUCCACAAAAGGUGUCAGACAUAAUAAAGGCAAAUGACCCAAAUCUGGGAGAUAAAAUAAGGAAAUUUCUUGAUGAGCUGGAGGAAGAGGAGAAUGAGAGCAACAUUUAUGACUCGACAAAUGAAGAUGAAUCCGAUAAAGUUGAAGAGGAUGAUAUUGACUCUAGCCCGGAGCUGUAA